UUUGGGAGGAGAUUCCCAGGAGUCUCCCCCAUCCCUUGGGGAGCAGCUGAGGACCGGGAGGUGCAUCCGAGGGCCGAAAAGAGCUCUGAGAUUGCGCCCGAGUUCAAGGACCAAGUCUUUCCUUAAACCAUUUUACAGAUGGGGAAACUCGAGAUCCAGAAAAGGGAAACACUCGAUCAGGUCACCCCGAGCCAAUAGCAGAAGUCCGAAACAGUUUUCUCUGCGAAGAUGGGAGUGAAGGUCCGCACAGUCGAUGCGGGAGCUGUGGCCGAAGCCCAGCACUAACAGUGCUGACCAGGGGAUCCAGACUGCGUGGAAGGCUGUACUCUUCCUUGCCUCAGUUUCCCCCGCACUACCUCGGGGAGGACGGCAGACGAGGCAACUGGUCAAACGCGCACCUGCCAAGACUCUCUCCCUGCGCCUCCCAAGUCUGAUGGAAGUUCCUUUAGCGAGCUACCUCCCAGCCCUUUAAAAUCCGGUCCUCCAGCUCGAGCCUCUCGGCGUUCUAUUGGAAAGACUCCAGGGUCCUGGUCCAUUCUCUAGAAUGAACUGCUAAGACUACCGCGGGAGCCUUCCUGGAACUGCUAACUGCGCAGGCGCGAGGGCAGCCCACCCGGAAGGCGGAAGAACCGGGCCCCAACUUGUUGGGUGGGUCGGGGGCGGAGAGUGUGUUAACCAAUGACCUGAAGGAUCAGGGAGGGCAGGUUUAGGCCCUCCGUUGCUAAGCGCUAUUCUAGUGGGAGGUGAUUUAAGAAAUGGGGUGAAGGGUAGUCCCAAUGGCCCUUCACGUCAACAUCCUUCGGGCCCGCGGAAGUUAAGCAACCAAGAGGCGGGCCUAGGACCGGAAGCAGGAAGGAGGGCGCAGGAAGCAGGGCGCUGCAGCCUGUCGUACUGUCGGUGCGUGAGUCUGUCGGUUCCGAGGGCAGGAUGGAGAAACUGCGGCUUCUGAGCCUCCGCUACCAGGAGUCGCUUCGCGGAUUCGCAUGAGCUGUCAGAGCUGGGAUCCCCAGGCUGUAACUGCCUCAGUAGUGUUUGCCCAGGGAGCACUGGAGGUAGUGAACGGUAGAGGUGGAGCAGACUUUCAGGGACGGGCUGCAGAGAACUAAGGCCAGGAGUGUAUUCCGCCUCUAACCUGCUUGUGCUGCUCAAUGACGGGAUCCUGCGGAAGGAGCUUCGGAAAAAGUUGCCUGUGUCGCUGACCCAGCAGAAGCUGCUGACAUGGCUGAGUGUGCUCGAGUGCGUGGAGGUGUUCAUGGAGAUGGGGGCCGCCAAGGUGUGGGGUGAAGUGGGCCGUUGGCUCGUCAUUGCCCUCAUCCAGCUGGCCAAGGCUGUCCUACGGAUGUUCCUGCUGAUCUGGUUCAAGGCUGGCCUCCAGACCUCACCCCCCAUCAUUCCGCUGGACAGGGAGACCCAGGCACAAUCCCCGGCCCGCGAGCAUUCACUGUGCACCUGUUCUUUGCAUGCCCUCCUGGAAACACGUCCCUCUGACAGUACGGCCUUCUGUCUGUCCGUGCUAGAUUGUGACCAGAGCCCCGGCAGCCAGGAGCAGUCAUACGUUGGGAAGCGGUCAAACCGAGUGGUACGAACCCUCCAGAACACUCCGUCCCUGCACUCGAGGCACUGGGGAGCCCCCCAGCAGCGGGAGGGACGACAGCAGCGGCAGCACGAGGAGCUGAGUGUCCCCCCCACCCCGCUGGGGCUGCAAGAGACCAUCGCAGAGUCCUUGUAUAUCGCCCGGCCCCUGCUGCACCUCAGUGCUCAGCCUGGGCCUGUGGGGUCAGCGGUCGUGGACGCCCUGGCUCCUGUCUGGUGUCGUGGACGUGACCAGGGCAAGGAUCCACUUCCUUCUCCAGCUACUGACAGACCAUGUCCCGGGCGUUGGCCUGGUCGCGAGGCCGCUCAUGGAUUACUUGCCCACCUGGCAGAAAAUUUAUUUCUACAGUUGGGGCUGACACACCCCGGGAGCGGGUGCAGGGAGGGGCGGGGUGGCGUGCCCUGCUGCUGGGGGCAGGGGGUGCCUCGGCCCUCCAGUCCCCCGGGGCCCCUCUGCUAUAAUAAAACUGACUCCGGCGGUGUCCAAGCAUGUGGCCUCUUCAUGCCCAUUGCCCAGGGCACCUGGCACUCCCAUGUGGCCAGGCCCGGCCCACCGCCCGGCCACCAGAGCACCCCCCUAACAUCCUCUCAACCCUUCCCUCUUCGGUGAUGGAGCCGCUGCAGCCCGUACCUCAUCACCGGGGCCGAGAAGCCUCUGCUGGGACUGGGCCCCGCUCUCCUCCGGCCACAGAAAGCUGGGGUUUAGCCCCAUCGCGUAUAGGGAGCCGCUUGCUGGCAGCUGCAGAAGUCAACUCCGCUUCCCUGUCACCGGUCUGUGUUGACAACAAACAAGGCCGAACUUGGGCGGUGGAUGACAUCGGCCCGCGUGUCUUCUGGCCAGAGCCUCUGUGUGUCCCUUCCCCGCAGGGCCGUGUUGCUCCCGCUGCCCUUGGCGGUGGCCGCCUGUCAGCCUCUGUGCUGGAGCCUGACAAGUGGUGGGCCCGGCUUGCCGCAGAGGGGUACCUCAAGCCCUGAACCCCCAGUUGGCGGCAGCGGGCUUCUCCCAUAGGCAAAGUAGGUCAGCCGCCAGCCGGCACUGGGGCUGAUGCUGGGAGCCUGAGAGGCUCUGGGGGAAAGCCGGGUUCGGGUUCAGGGGGUGUGAGCUGGGGUCUCCUCACACUCUCCCUGCCAGCUCCCUCUGGGCCGAGUUUCCCAGGCCCACACUCGCUGCUGGAGAGGGUGCAGGGACCCAGACUGAGCGACUGAAGCCUGGUCUUUGUGCGUGUUCCGUCCCCAGCCUCAGCCUCCGCUCCCGUCCCCUUUGCCCUGUGAACGGACCAUACCCUCCUGCCGAUUUCUAGCCAGAUGAGUGGCCCUUUAAGUUCUGAAGGUUCCAUCUGCACCAGUGUCCGCCCUGCCUCACCUCCUCUGACACCCCGGGGGGAGCCACUGUAGGAGG